ACGAGUGUACCUAAGUGCAAUAUUUAUAAAACCUACUAAACGAUAAUAAGAAGUAAUUAUUAAUGUCAGGAUAUAUCGAAAUAUUCGACACAAUAAUUAAUAAUUAUCAAAUAAUUUAAAGAGAAAAAAAAAAAACAUAGAGUCGCAUUACGAGGCGUUUCCCAUUAUCUCGCAGACAGAGAAAGAGACAGAAAUUGAUAAUAUCGUAUACGAUUAUAAGGAGAAAUAAAUUUUCGAUAAGGAGAGAAAGAUUUCUGUCUCGUGAUAAAAUAAUUUCGCUUUAAAUAAAAUCCCCCAAGUUCGCAUCCCGGUCAAAAAAUCACAGGGCUACUCAGGGCAACCGGGACACAGACUUGCAGCGGAUUUUUGAUACUGCGAUCAGAGCGAGAGGCACCAUCUGUCUGGAUAAUCAACGCUUCGUCGACACCGUCCGGGCUGGGCAAUCCUGAAACUAACCUGAACAUAAGUGUACUAGCUGUUAAGUAGAUAAAAGGAGGAUAAAGAGGAAGAAGAAUAAUAUAGUCAUUAAGACGAUCGGCGAUAUUCGGCUGAAGAAUAAUCGGUGUGAAAAGGUAUAAUAGCACCGGAAUAAUAAGCCGGAUCUCAGCCGACACCGUGUAUAUAUACAUGUAUAUACAUAUAUACGUAAUAAUAAUUAAUCGCAGAACUCGAUCAAACUCCUCGAUUAUUAAAGUAAGAUAAGAGGUGAACAGUUCGAAAGGGCCGAACGAUACAUGAUCGAAAAAUCCAGAAACGUCUGCGUCGGGAAAGGAUCAACCUGCACCGGUAACCAACGUAAGCGUAACAGCCGAGAAGCGCAGCAGUAACCUCGGCGAGAUUUUAAAGGAAAACCUGAUCCGCCCCGCGCGGCAAUAGCAAUCUGCGCUACCAGCGAGCUGAGAAACUGAACAGUAAUCCGCUCCCUGAGAAGUCCUCCGAUCGAGACCGUACUGAAGUCGAGAUCGAGCUGGUGCUUAUCGGAAGCGUUGACAAAAAGCGGGCAAGCUGCGCCGCAAGGGGAUAGCACGGGCUUCGCGCGAAGGCCUCAAAAUUUCGGACGCGACGGCACUGGACCUGCGCGCCCAGUCGCAAUCCGCGAACAACUUCGUCCUAGCUGGACAAAGUCCGGACCAUCAACAGCACGCCGGAAACCAUCACUCUGGCGAUUCGGGGGGUCGGUUAGCCGGUGGCGGCGGAGGCGGAGGCGGCGGCGUUGGCGGCGGCGGCGGCAGCGACGGGGGUGGAGGCGGGGAGGGAUGGGACAGCCUUAAGGAAGACGAAGACGAAGAGCUGAAGGAGGUCAUCUCCAAGAAGGAAAUAGGCUCGCGAGACGAGGAAGACGAGGACGAGGAGGACAGUUUCAGCAGUUCGCCGGAGCCGAAACCGGAACCCAUGGAAGUUCAGGCUUCGGCUGUAUCCGUAGCAGCGGCUAACCUCCAUGCGCUAAGGCAACACGUCUUCAAGAUGUCAGACUAUUGGCACCAGCCUCAAAGAGGGCCACCUCAACAUUCCCCGAGCCUUCAGCACGGCUUCGGCCUUCAGCACAGUCCGAUCGGACAAAGUCCCAUCCAGCACAGUCCCAUGGCUCAACAGCAACAGCAGCAGCAGCAGCAACAGCAGCAGCAACACCAGCAACAUCAGCAGCAGCAACAGCAACACCAUGGAUCCCAGUCACAGAAUGCUCAGCAGCAGACUGUCCAACAACAAAACUCGAUGCACAGUCCAAUCGGUCAACAGCAACAAUCGAAUUCCACGCAGGUACAGCAGAACCCAGUGACGGGUAUGACCCAGAACACGGUGCAGUCCCUGCAGCAGCAACACCAAAUGACAGCGAUGGCUCACCAGCAGUCAAGCCAACAAAACACACCGUUGAGUCAGCACCAAACGUCGCCUCAGGCACCGACGACACCUUCGCCGUCUCAGAGCGGAGAUCACACGACGAUGAACGCCAACAGCAUCGCCCAGAACCUGCACAACCUUUCGCAGCAGGCCCAGCAGCAGAGCAUGUCGCAAACUCAAAGCCCGGCUCAGGUGCUCAACGCGAAUCUUGGACAGGCUUUGACGCAGGCGCUGACCCAGAACAUGCAGCAAAACCUUAGCCAGACCCUGCAGCAGAAUCUGGCCCAUAACCUCACGCCGAGUUUGUCGCCGCAGCAACAGCAGCAGCUGCUCAACCAGCCACAGAACUUGAGUCAGAUGAAAUUCGACGCACAAACAUUGCAGCAGAACAUACAAAACCAGGCGCAAAAUUUGUCGCAAAGCCUUCAGCAGCAGGCGCAAAACCUGUCGCAGAACAUGGGGCAGAAUCUAACGCAGCAAUCGCUACAACAGCAGGCUCAGAACCUGACACAGAAUAUACAGCAGCAGCAGCAACAACAGCAACAACAACAACAGCAACAACAAGAGCAAAACCUUGGUCAGAAUCUUCAGCAGGCUCAAAGCAUGACCGGAAGUAUGGGCCAGAACGGCACCCUCGCUGGAAUGGGAAUGGUCAAUCAACAACAGCAACAACAGCAGCAGCAGCAGCAACAGCAACAGCAGCAGAAUCAAAACUCCAUGCUGAGUCCGGGGGCGGCGAGCCAGGACAGCCACGACGUCACUCUCGCCGAGAAGCUGGUUAACGAAUUCCAGUCCCGCGCCUCUGCAGCUGGCCUAGGAGGUAUCGGUGGUAUGGCGAACAUCUCUCUGGAGGAAUGCUUGUCCUACAUGCAGCGAUUCUUCUCGCAGUUCAUCACGCACAAAGGCGUGAUGCAGAUGCACGCCAGAGACAUGGGUGGCGGCCUGGCCGGUCGUCCGGGUGGAGGAGUCGGCGGAGGUCUAGCAGGGCUGGUUGGCCCAGGAGGGAUGAUCGGCGGCGGCGAGGUCAAACCGCACCAGUGUCAGCAGUGUCUUAAGUCCUUCUCGAGCAACCACCAGCUCGUCCAACACAUCAGGGUUCACACCGGAGAAAAACCGUACAAGUGCAGCUACUGCGAUCGCAGGUUUAAGCAGCUGAGCCACGUCCAGCAGCACACCAGACUUCAUACCGGAGAGCGACCGUACAAAUGCCACCUUCCAGAAUGCGGCCGAGCCUUCAUUCAACUCUCGAACCUGCAGCAGCAUCUUCGGAAUCAUGACGCUCAGGUGGAGCGUGCCAAGAACCGACCCUUCCACUGCACCAUCUGCGGAAAGGGAUUCGCCACGGAGUCAAGCCUGAGGACCCACACGUCCAAGGUCAGUCAUGAGUUGCAACAGCGUGUUGUGUUCCAGCAACACGCCGCCCUGAUUGGCGGCCCUAACGCUACCAGCUGUCCUGUCUGCAACAAACUCUUCCUAGGCGGCGAGGCUCUCAUGGAACACAUGAAGCACACCCACAAGGACCCAAACGCCUCUGGCGUUGCCAUUCCUCCCGCUGACUGCACACCCUCCGUUGCCGGGGUUUACCUAGCGAAGCGACGGACUGCUAACCACCCUUGCCCCGUUUGCGGGAAACACUACGUCAACGAGGGAAGUCUCCGGAAACACUUGGCCUGUCACCCAGAGACCAGUCAGCUCAGUACGAGUCUCAGGAUGUGGCCAUGUUCCGUCUGCCAAGCCGUCUUCACUCAUGAAAGCGGCCUACUGAGCCACAUGGAGCAUAUGAGGAUGGACCCUAAACAUCAGUUUGCGGCCCAAUACGUUCUGAGUCGUGCCGCAGCAGAGAGACGAGAAAGAGAACUUUUAGCUGCCACUAGUCAAAGUUUGGCUGGAUCAGGUUUAGGAUCAGGUUUGGGUGUUUUGGGCAACCAGACUGGAGGCCCGCAAAAUUUACAGCAACCGCCGAUGUGUCAAUCGCCGUCGGCUCAUUCCGAUAGCAGUAGUGGUAACGGAAGACUAUCGUCCGCCGGAAGUGAACCUGAUUUUUGCGUAGGCGCCGGAUUGCUGAAUAACAACAAUAACAACAACAACAACAACAUGGCGUCGCCUGGUCCGAGUGGCAAUAAACUUGGUGAAAUGCUUCGUGCUGGGAGUCAACCUGGAGCGGCACAACAGUAUCAUGACGAAAUGCAGUCUCAACAACAACGCAUGGCAGCGGCUAUGGUGGCAGUAUCGGCUGGUCUGCAAAAUUCGGUAUCGCCAAAUCUAUCACCGGCAGAUAUCGCGUCCUUGGCGGCGGCGAUGCGCAUGGGAAACAACGGUGACAUGGGCGGUGGACCUCAGGGUUCCACGGGUCCUCAACAACAAAGUGUCCAAGGUCAAGUGCCGGAACAGACUCUCAGAAUGCACCAGGCCGGGGCUCUUCUCCGUUCGCAGGCAGAGGCGGCUCUAAGACUCGCGGUUUCGCAGGCAACUGCCGUGGCGGCCAGCUCUGGUACAGAUAUGAGACAUCAUUUGGGACAGCACAACGGUGGCGCAUCUGGAAUGCCCGGACACCAUGGAAACCAACAACUUUCCCAGCAAGAUAGUCUCUCCCCCGACUUGGGUGAAGCGCUGCGAUUACAAGAGCAACGCUUGGAGCAGGCCUUGCGAUUGCACGGUGACCCUCGAGCGCUGGGUUUCACCCUCCAGCACGUUGUUAACCAGCAAAAUAACCAGCAACCAUGAAAAUUCAGCUACUACUGAGACGAGUGGACCCCUUGGACGGGCGAACAAUCCUUCAAUCCUGCGAAGAAAGACCACCAAGAGCGUACGACGACUUCCGACGAGCAGAUUCAGCAGAGUCUGUUGACGCAAGAACAGAACCCAACAUCAGCUGACGUUACCGAGAUGCCAGACAGAGGCGUGAAACGGAAGUUGGACGAUAUGGGGGAUAACGGAAACGGUGCGUAGGCCUUUGCUUCGUGAGGAAAUUAAAAACGGAAAGAAUCGCGAAGACACCGGAAUCGGAAGAAGCCGAUUUUGUCCUGUUGUUCGCGAAAGGAUCGAAACGCAACGUCCAAGUGCGGUCAAUUGAAAAUUGCUCGAUGUCUCAGCAGUACUCGUUAUUGAUAAAAUAUAAACGAAAAACAAGCGGAGAACGAAGAGAAAAUAGUUUCUCGAAUAAAAAUUCAAAAAGCAAAAAACCACAUUCACACACAGACAGACUCCAAGAUGUGAUGAAGUGAUUUAUUGUACGAUAAAAACGCGUCGAGCCACGUUAAAAAGGACAUUUUAAAAAAAUGCAGAUUUCAUCGUGGCUCACUGUCAGUGAAAGACUAGUAAGUUCGUACGGUAAGAUUUCUUUUUUCAUCUCGACAGGUUUUCGAAGUUGAGAUCCUGUUGCGGCUCGAUUUCCUGGCAUAUGUAACCGCAUCAAUAAUUAACGAUUCAGAGAUAUUGAGAGUUACACACGGUUUGAAACCGGGGAUGAAAAAAAAAUCGUUCUACGCAAAAUCUUACUUUUAUAGAUAUAACGUGACCGUCGCAAGUCCCGUUAAAUUUCCCGUAUAGCAAAAUGAGACAAAAGAAAUUGAAUAAAUAAAAAGUUGUAAUAACAAUCAUCAUAUACUUGUAUCCUAUACU